AUGCCUGGCAACGUUUGGGGAAACCGGCUUUUUUUCCCGUUCGAAGCUACGAGCCUUUUUUUUUUCCUUUUUGUGCAUUUAACAACCAUUCCAAUAACUUUAACGAUUGUAACCGUAAAUAAUUGGUAUUUGGCCGUUCCUUUUGGACAUUUGGACCUAACCGGUAAUUAUAAAUGUUAUCCUUUGUACCCAAUUACUUUAAUUAAAUUUGGAUUUGGUUUUGCCGGAACUUUUAAUCUUUUAAAUCCUUAA